ACUCUGCGGCCUGAAGUCCUGAACGUUUGGAUGUCCAAUCAGCGCGGGUCAGCACAGAACCCCUCGAUCAUUCAGAGGAUUUCAGGGCCGGAGUAUUCCAUUCAGAUGCCCGCCGGAAUCGAUCGGAGGUGGUGCCGUCGGGCGCCACGUGGACAUGGCUCUUCCUGCAAACGAACCACGAGCGCGCCAUCGCCGAGGCGUGCGUGCCCGCCUGGAUCCUCCUCCUGCCGGCUGCCGGCCGGUGGUCCUAACCGGCUCCGGCUGGCCCUUCCCAGUAGGCAGUAGUUAUUGCAGGCGUGAUCUGCCGCGCGCAGCGCUGCAUCGCACAUGGACAUGGCGCCCUCGCUCGCCGUAAUAUAUUCCGUCCCGUCCACCGGUUCCCCUCCGCUGCACUCCACUGCCCCGCACGCUCCUGCCGCCGCGCGCCGCGCCACAUGCCGGGCCUCGCCGUCCAGCGGUGAGUCCUCAGCUGAAGCAACCGGAUUCAUCCGUCGUGUUCGCUUUGCGUCUCCCGCGCGGCACUGCAACUGCAAGCCUGCGAUGCCGGCAGCGUGGGGUCGCGCGGGCGCGGCGCUGCGACGACGGGGCCAGUGGUGACUGGUGAGAGCUUGUGAUCCCGCGGCUGCAGGAUGGGCAGGGCGGGCAAGUGGCUCCGGAGCUUCCUGCCGGGCAGGAGGGGCGGCAGGGACAAGGGCGGGGCGGCGGACCCGGCGGACCUGGCGCUGGCGCUGCCGGGGCCGGGGACGGGGACGACCACGACGACGCCGGCGUCCACGCCCGGGGCCAAGGAGAAGAGGCGGUGGAGCUUCCGGCGCCCGGCGGCGUCGCCCGCCAAGGACGCGCAGGGCGGCCGCCUCGCGCACUACGGGUCCCUGGAGCCGCGGGUGCUGGACCCGGACCAGCACGCCGUCGCCGUGGCCAUCGCCACCGCGGCCGCGGCCGAGGCGGCCAUGGCGGCCAAGCAUGCCGCCGCGGCCGUCGUCAGGCUCUCGUCGUCCGCGCCGGGGUCCAAGCGCACCGUCAUCGGCAUCGAAGAGGCCGCCGCCAUCAAGAUCCAGGCCGUCUUCAGAUCCUACCUGGCGAGGAAGGCGCUGUGCGCGCUGCGCGGGCUCGUCAAGCUGCAGGCGCUGGUGCGCGGCCACCUCGUGCGCCGCCAGGCCAGCCACACCCUGCGCUGCAUGCAGGCGCUCGUCGCCGCGCAGAACAGGGCGCGCGCCGCGCGGAUGCGGAUGCUCGACGACGAGAAGCCCGUCCGGACGCCGCGGACAACGCCGACACGGCGCAGCUCGCCGCACCACCCACGCUUCCGGCACCACCAGGACAUGGAGGAGAACGUCAAGAUCGUGGAGGUGGACACCGGCAUCGGCGAGGUGCACGGCACGCCGCGGACGUCGCGCCGCAGCAGCUGCUACGCCACGCCCCUCUGCCGCACGCCGUCGAAGAACGAGCUGUACCAGAAGAUCUCGCCGACGCCGUCCGCGCUCACCGACGCCAGCGCGCGCACGUACAGCGGCCGGUACGACGACUUCUCCUUCGCCACCGCGCGGAGCAGUCCGUACCGCUACGCGCCGUCGAGGCCGCACCACCACGACGAAGGCGCCGACAAGCCCGCGGCCGAUCACCCGAUGUUCGUGCCCAGCUACAUGGCGAACACUGAGUCGUCGCGCGCCAAGGCGCGGUCCCAGAGCGCGCCGCGGCAGCGGCUGUCGGUGUCGUCCGCCGCCGAGGCUGCCUGCCCGUGGGAGCGGCAGCCGAGCAGCGGGCGGCGCAGGGCGUCGCUGGAGAGCCAGGCGCAGGCGACUCCGUGCGCGCGCGGGGUGGCGCCCAAGUACGUGCCCGUGCGCGUGCAGCGGUGCCCGUCGCAGGCGAGCGCGCCCGGGGCGUGCCCGUGGGGCGCGAGGCUGGACCGGUGGAGCGCGUCGGCGCACGACAGCGAGUGCGGGUCGACGAGCACGGUGAUGACCGCCGCCACCACCACGUACUGCUGGUCGCUGGCCACCGACAACGCCGGCAUGGCGUGAGGCGACCUCGAGGACUUGACUCGCUCUCACGUGGUUUCUGGAGAAGGAAGAGGAAAUGCUGCUGUGCCUGCUGGGAUGGGACGUCAGGUAGCUGCUGAGUACUGAAUUCUAGUGACUGCUCACUCUAGUUAACAGUAGACUCGAACUCUGCAAGUUUCUGUAAUCUGUACGAGUGUUUUUUUCUAGGAUCCGAUGAACGACGAGAGUUUUGGUGUUUUUGCGUGCCAAGAAUCCACGGCACAUAGGUGUCUUUUCGUAGUACUUUGUUGUGUCAUCCUUCGACUGUGAAUAAUGUGAGGUCCAGUAUUUCGAUCUGUCAAGUCCUGGUCGUUUCAGACCGAAAAGAAGCACGAAGAAAAGAAUCAUCAGUGUCCUGUUGCUA